AUGCAAGUCGAAGUCAAUCCCAAUGAGGAUACAGAAUGGAACGACAUCCUACGCAAACAUGGCGUUAUCCCCGAGAAACCCCAAGAUCCCGAACCUUUAAUCCAAGAAGCCCUUGUGGAGGCCGAACGAAAAGCGUACGAGAACCGACUCGAAGAUAAAGACCUAGAUGAACUAGACGAGCUUGAGGACGAAGAAGACGAAGAGUUCCUCGAACAAUAUCGCCAGAAACGUCUGGCAGAGCUCUCCACUCUCCAGCAAACCAGCGUCCAUAACCAAGUAUAUCCCAUACAGAAGGUCGACUACGCGCGGGAGGUCACAGAGGCAUCGGAGAAAUACUUCGUGCUUGUCCACCUGACCUCAUCAUCGAGUGCAAAUGUCGAGUCACAGCUUUUGGCCGAUCAAUGGCGACAAUUGGCGGCCAAAUACGGAGAUAUUAAGUUCUGUCAAAUCCGGGGGAAUAUGUGUAUUGAAGGAUAUCCUGAUAAGAACACUCCCACAAUAUUGGUCUACAAGGAUGGUGAGAUUAGGCGACAGCUCGUUACGUUGAGGGAGCUCAACGGUCCUAGAACUAAGCUUGAAGACCUCGAGAGGAUGCUUUUGGAUUUGGGUGCCCUGAAAGAGAGUGACGUUCGUCUAAAAAAGCAAUCGGAUUCAAUGGACGAUGACCGUCCGUCAAAGAAUAAACCUGUGGUAGAAGAUGACGACGACGACGACUGGGACUGA